AUGACACAGAUCUGGCAAAUAGUCGGGUCUCCAGAAUUUUCAGAGCACUACGAGUUAUCUACACGUCUAUACUCCUCACUCGUGCCUCUCUUCGAAGAGUGGAUUGGGCCAGCAAACGAGCUUACCACGAUAUUAUACUGCGAUCAUAUUGACUGUCUUUUCCAUCACGAUGAGACAGUAGAGGCACUCGAAGUCUCUACGAUAUACCGAGCCAAGGCAGAGGCUACCCAGCUACGACACCCCUGGCUCCGAGAACUCGCCAUCCUCCAGACCGGUAUUGUCUGUAACGUGAAAACGUCUGAGAACAAGAUCGAAGAGGCCAUAAAAUACCUUCACACUCUCCAGGAGUGGGACCUAGAUGAGGAACAACGAGCCGGCAUGAACGUCCAACUAGGCAACUACAGCUACCAGAUGGGUGACUUGUCUCUGGCCAUUGAGCGUUUCCGAGAAGCAUCCAACCUCAUCACCGCCUGCAAAGGAGACGAGCGCAUCCUCCUUAGCUCCCUUGCCAAUCUUGAGUCUGCACUACACAAGAAAGGAGACACAGACGAGGCAGCCCAGAUACACGAGUUUCGUCUCACACGACUAUCAGAAUUUGCCAAAGAGUCUGGCACUUUUGCUAGCUCAUCCUACCCAAUAGAAGGCGCAGGUAAUAUGCCUGAUACAUCUACCGCGCCCGUUAGCCCUAUGGGCAGUUACAGCUGGGACGGUCAGCAGGGUUGCUGA